AUGAUCUGCAGGAAUUUUCUCAUUGACACCGGCUCCGAUAUCUCAAUUCUACCGCGUAUUUUCGGUAACAAAUCGGCCGGCCCGUCCUCAUAUCGUUUAUUUGCCGCAAACGGCACUCCCAUUAAGACUUUCGGCCAACAUCAGCUUAGCCUGAACAUUGUCCUCAGGCGAAAUUUCACGUGGCCAUUCAUAAUUGCCGAUGUAGAUAAGCCAAUCAUCGGCAUAGAUUUUUUAAAUUACUACGGUCUCAUUAUUGAUGUUAAAAAGCGCAAAAUUAUUGACGAAAAACCCCAACUGGUGGUUAAAUGCAAUUCCACUAUGACUCCAUAUGAACGUUUAUCCACCAUCAAUGUCGGGAAUAACAAUACGGCUGAUCUCAUUAGCGAAUUCAAGGCUCUGACGCUUCCACCGAUUUUUAGCAAUACGGAUUCAGUCCCAUCUCAUGACAUUACUCAUCAAAUCAUUACCACGGGUCAGCCUAUAUUUUCGGCAGCACGUCGUCUCAACCCGGAGCGACUUAAAAUUGCCAAAACAAAAUUCGAAGCCAUGCUCAAUGCUGACAUCUGCAGUCUAAGCAAAAGUGCAUGGGCAAGUCCAUUACACAUGGUUCCCAAAAAAGAUUCUGCGGUGACUAUCGGCGUCUCAAUGCCAUUACAGUACCAGAUCGCUAUCCCUUGCCUCAUAUCCAUGACUUUACACAAAAGUUUGCUGGAUGCAAAAUUUUCUCGAACAUCGAUUUGA